UAUGGUUCCGAUGUUUUUACACAAACACAAUCUUCCACCAAUUGGGUGGCUAAUACGCUUGGAAAUGAGUGAUUUGCUUUGUGUUGAAACUCCGGCCGCCCCCGAAUGGCUGUCAAAGCUCGAGAGCCGCCGCGAAUUGCUGAAGAAAUCAAAGCUAGGCCAUGAAUCUGGAGCAGGCGCACCCUGCAAUGUCUGCACACAUUGUCCAGGCUUGGACUUGCAUUUCUGGCGCAAGGUGUGCAAAAUUUGCAAGUGCCGCAGGGAUGAACACAUGGUAACCGAUGAGGCAACGGGUUGGGCGCAAUUCGAAAUAUUAGGCCAAAUUCGAGCAAAGCCUGCAUAUAUAAAAAUCAAAGCUUUGGCCAGCCAGCCGGUGCAAUUGGAGUGGGUACCGCCAAACACUGCACCUGACGUAGUCUCCGAUUAUAUGCAAGCUCUGCUGGGCACUGCAAAUGGUGUGCCAGUGCUGGGCAGCGACGCAGCUCAAAAGCGGAAACAGCAGCUAGAGUUUCAAGUGCCAGCGCAUGACUUGGACGCAAUGCUCUGCGAUAACCUUACGGAGAAUGAAGCGCAGCAGAUGCAGCAAUACGUACAGAAAUUGCGCGAGCAAUGCGUCGGUCAAGGCACAGUGGUUCGUGUUGGCAAACUUGUGCAUGGGCUGGUGGAACACGUUCCACCCACUGCAUCAACUUCCUUGUCACUGGGUGUGUCGCAUGCUGCUGACGAGACUCUUAAUAAUCUGCUGUCCAACGUAAAAUUAGCUGAUGCCCUUUCGAGUCAACAUCCGCCUCAGGCACAAACAAAACUAUUUGUGGCAUUCUCUGAACCUUUAACCGAAUCGACGGCCGAUUUUGAUGAGCAUGCGGCAUUGACACCACAAACAAGGGAGAAACUGGUGGGCAUUAGCAAACCUGCGCUACAAAGCCUGGUCACCCACGGUGUUAUCUACGACAAAGUGUUAGCCGCUUUGAAGGAUAAGAAUUUAAAUAUUACGAAGGAUCCAGUCCUGGGUCCCAUAGCAGAAUUUCGCAAGGAGUACAGCAGCAAUCCGCAGUUCAUGGCCGAGAUCAAUACUAUAUGUGCGCAGCCAUUGUUAGCAACACCUCUGAAGUCUCAACAAACGUUAUCAUCGGGAACACCAUUCAAUUCGCCAUUGCCACUCAAAAAUCCGGUACAGGCACGUUUUGGGGCACAAAUGCGACAGGAUACGCCCAUACGUCGUGUCAAAUUUGGCGGAGUUACCACCGUCGUCUAUGAUUGUGGACUACCCACGCAUAUUAACUACGAUAAGGAUCCCGUAUUUGCGCAAAUCGUGAAUGCGGAGCCCUUGAAACAAGCACUAAAUGAUGUGCGUUCAGGACGAAAGCCCGAAAAUGUGAUCAUCAACUCAUCGCCGACACCCACUGCGAAUCUGAACCAACUGGUGGGCUUGAAUCCAACAAAAAAGACUCAAAUCCAAGCUGUAGGUGUGGACAAACAUAUGCUGCACUCUGCCCUGGCCAACGCACCCUACUACGAACGUCUUUUUCAAUCCCUGCAAGACAAGGGCAUUAAACACGAUAAUUGCCAGCUUUUGACACCGAUGAAGCAAAUGCACGAUUGGCUUCUCAACGACGAGGAACUGCUCGAAGAUAUAGAGAAGGUGUUUGCGGACAUGGCUAACGCAGCCGGUGGCUCUGAUGUGUCAUACGGCACUAAACCUUACGGAGAUCUGAGCAAUUCGAUCAGUAAUGACUCCGGAUUUCACUCGAAAGCAUCGACGCCAGGCUAUGGUAGCGAGGAUGUCACUAUUAACGCUGGUUUAGGUAAAUUUGCCACAAUUCCGGGCAUCGAAGAUAUGAAUAUGUAUCCAAAUUGCGCGCCCAUGUCGCAGCAGUUCCAACAACUUCAACUGGGCGAGGACAAGACAAGCAGAGACACGCCAACCAUGAGCUUACCCACAGUCAACUGUCGAGAUUGUAAUUUGCCGAUCAAAUUCGGUGAAGUGGCCGUCAAGGCUGAACGUGCUGGCAAGGACAUUGCCUGGCACCCGGCUUGCUUCAAGUGCCACAAUUGCCGCGAGCUUCUUGCCGACUUGGUUUAUUUUUUCCACCACGGCCAGGUCUAUUGUGGUCGUGACUUGGCCAUUAAACUGAAGAUUCCCCGCUGCAAAGCCUGUGACGAGCUGAUCUUCACCAAGGAAUACACUGCCGCCGAGGGUGCCACAUUCCACAUCAAGCAUUUCUGCUGCUACCACUGCGACACACCCCUAGCCGGCCAGCAAUACAUUCCAGACGAGAAAUCCAACAUGCCCCUCUGCCUGCAAUGCUACGACAAAUUCUUUGCGGUCGCCUGCAAGCGCUGUCAACUACCCAUUGGACCGACUGAUCAGGGCGUGGCUUGGGGCGAUAUACAUUGGCACGGGCAGUGCUUUAUGUGCGCUGGCGCACAGUGCCAAAAAUCGCUGAUCGGAGGUCGAUUCUGUGUGAAACAAGAGAUGCCCUUUUGCAGUCCCGCUUGUGUGCGCAGCAUUAUUCAGCAGAAAAUCUAAGUUCGGAGAACGGACAGUAUUUAAAGUGAUCGCACAAAUAUGCACAUGCACAAAUUAAAUGCCUUUAAUCUUAGCAGCUAAUGGUCCCCCUUUUGGGUCUGAGCUGGUAGAGAUAGUGAGUGCCUAAAAAAGUAUUUUAUAGAUGUUUAAUCAUCGCAAUGCCAAGUAUUUUAAUACGAUAAUCUACACUGACUUUUAUAAUACGCACUGCAUUUUUAAAGGAACAAACAUUCAUAUUUAUACAAACGUUC